UGUCCUCGAAGAACGGAUGGUGCAUCCUUCAGUAGGUCACAGUACAGCCUUUUCCAGAUUCGCACAACAAUGCACGCUAUUUUUGAGCUCAUCCCUGAUUCUAUUUUUAACAUUUUUAUUUCGUUGUCCUUUUCUAGUUAAGAUCUCAGGAGGCGACAUCCGGACUUUCAAGACAGUGCGUCUGAGAGAUGGUGAGCAUGUAUGAACGUUGGUGGCUAUGGCGGGUCCGAAGGAGAUUUUACGAGUGGUUUGUGCAGACUAUUCUGGUUGACUGAUCAUUGACUGAAUGGUGACGCUGGAGCCGAUGGCAAGAUGCCAUGCAUUCGGGUACGCACUGCCCCGGGGAGCUUUUAUUCUGCUCGCCAUCCCCGUCAUGGUUCUAUUCUUCGUGCAGCUCCCCAAGGCCAUUCUGCCGCAACGCCUCGAUCCAGUUGUGCUGCCCUGCAGAAUGAGCGCCACUCACAGCAAUGGCACCGAUUGCGUGCCCUUCCACCGAUCGCUGUUCCCGGACAAAUUCGUGUUUGGGGCUGCCACGGCUGCUUUCCAGGUGGAAGGCGCUGCGUACGAGGGAGGUCGGGAGACAAACAUUUGGGACACAUUCUCGAAAACCCCAGGGAAGACUGUGGAUGGAAAGGAUGGCGAUGUGGCAAGCGACCAGUAUCACAAGUACUUGGAAGACAUCGACCUGAUGAGCCAGAUGAAUCUUGAUGCGUUUCGAUUCUCCAUCGCCUGGUCGAGAAUCAUGAAACUAGGUGGGCCAAACCCAGUCGUGAACCAAGAAGGAGUGGCGUACUACAAUAACCUUAUAAAUGGUCUUUUGAAAAAAGGUAUCCAACCAUACGUGACACUUUAUCACUGGGACCUUCCGCAGUCUCUUUAUGAUUCAUAUCGCGGCUGGAUUGACCGCAGAGUUGUGAAUGAUUUUGCGUUGUACGCUGAGACUUGUUUCGCUGCAUUCGGCGAUCGAGUCAAGCACUGGAUGACAUUCAACGAGCCUCAGCAAUUUUCUAAUCUUGGAUAUGGAAUUGGAUUACACGCACCUGGAAGAUGCUCUGACCGAAUGAAAUGUCCUGAAGGUAACUCAGCUACGGAGCCUUACCUUGCGGGCCACAAUGCGCUUCUUGCUCAUGCUGUAGCUGUCGACAUAUACCGGAAAAAAUUCAAGGCCACACAGGGUGGCAUGGUGGGCAUUGCGGUGGACUGCGAGUGGGGUGAGCCGAUGACCGAUUCUCCUGCAGAUAAAGAAGCUGCAGAGCGACAUGUGCUUUUCCAGUUGGGCUGGUUUUUGGAUCCAAUAUACUAUGGCGAUUAUCCAGCAGUCAUGCGCAAAUAUGUGGGUGACCGAUUGCCUUUGUUUACUCCGGACGAGAUCACAUUGCUGAAAGGAUCCUUGGACUUCAUCGGCCUUAACCACUACACUUCCAGAUUUGUAGCUGCCGGUACUCCUCCAGCGAAUGCACUGGCCAGCAGCUAUUGGGAAGAUCAGGCAAUGGUGUCUUCAGUGACGCGGAAUGGAGAAUUAAUUGGAAAUCGGGCGGCUUCAGAGUGGCUAUACAUAGUACCUUGGGGUAUUGGGAAAACUUUGUUGUGGCUGACAGAGCGAUACCAAAAACCGUUGCUGUACAUCACAGAAAAUGGUAUGGAUGACUCGGACGACCUCGGCAACACCAAGCUUGCGACAGAUUUUCUAAACGAUUCCAACCGUAUCGCUUACUAUGAAAACUAUCUGUCAUCUGUUCUUGAAUCCAUUCGGAAUGGUGCGAAUGUGCGUGGAUAUUUUGCCUGGUCCCUUAUGGACAAUUUCGAGUGGGCCAUGGGCUACACUAGGCGGUUUGGGCUAGUCUUCGUAGACUACGACCAUGACCAGAAGAGGUAUUUGAAGGACUCUGCCAAGUGGUAUUCCCGGUUCCUAUCUCGCCCCAUGUGAGUACUCCCACGACGAACCCCACUAUAAUUUUGGAUGUGGAGGCAGCAGCACUAAGGCAUACAUUUUGCUCCUGAAAAUGUAUAUUGUCUUAUCUCUUCAUCUAUAAAUACGUAUCCAUCUCUCAUGAAUGUAGACUAUUUUCAACUUGAAUGCUCCAUAUGUACAAUGUCCAGUGUUUUUCUUUGGUUGGGAACUUGCUUAUUGCCUGUUAUACUACCUUCUUGGAAGGCCUGCUUCAGAGCAUGAGGAUGGGCUACUCCCCCAAAAAGAGAAUCAAAAUCUGGAGAUUAAUCUCCUGGGGUCAGACAAACACACCAUGGCUCACCCCAGUUAGUUUCCCACCUCAAUAAGCGUGCCCAGUGGGCCUGGGUAGACAUUGUAUUAGAGGUUUUAUUCCUAGCUAUGAGAAACAUAACUGGAGAAACCUAGAAACUUGCUAUCUCAUGGACUAGACAGAAGUGGUGUCUGACAGGCUUGGUACUGAUGUUGCCAUAAGUACCAAGCCUGUGCUUUAGCAGUUUAGGCUCAUGACCACCUUGCAUGUUGUUGUGAUGUCACACAAACCAUGCUGAUUCUCACUUGUUGCUUCCUCUGGUUGGUUAUUUUAGUUGGUACAUAUACCAUCCACUGGCUCUGGUUGUGGUAGCUCACAUAACAGGGUUUAGUACAUCACUUUCAAACCAUAGUAGUCUAAUCCAACCAUGUCCUUACAUUUACGAAAUUCUAAGAUUUAGUUUGUUUGAUGGUCUUC